GGCCCCACCCACGUUGCACACCCACGCCCAACCCACGCACACACACCCACGUUGGAUCCCAUCUCUCUCGUCUUCCUCGAUCCCCUUUCUCCACCCCACGCCACCGCCAGAUUCCGGCGAUCCCCGCGGUUCCCCACCCCUAGCUCUCCUCCCCGAGGUCACCUCUCCCCGCUCACCAUCUCCACUGACCGGUUUCUCUCCUUGCCGAGGAGAGCCACGCCCAGGCACUGGUGGUGGUGCGCCGCGAGGAGGCCCCAGCGGCGUCGAGCUGCUGUUGCUGCGAGCACAGCGACGUCGGCGUGGUCAGGAUGGUCGCAGCCCUUCAAGAUUCUCAAUGGCGGCGUCUCGGCGCUCAUGGCGGAGACGACGGCGAGUAUCGGUGGGUACAUGGCGUCGGGGUACCGGAGGGUGGCUGGCGUGCAGAUCUACAUCAACUACCUCAAGCCCGCCCGCCUGGGCGACCGCAUUGAGGCCAAGGUGAACCCCAUCCGGUACCUACCCCGACGCGUACUUGGACAAGGACCAGCUGCUGGACGCGGUGCAUUGGAUCCGGCAGGCGGUGGGGCUCGCCUGCGGCCUACUCUGGGGUGCCGUCCCCCUCGUUGGCACCUUUUGGAUCGCCCUACGGAGUAGGAGGACGAGCAGCAGCAGCAAAUCAGUCUGAUGAUGACAGGGUGCGGGAGGCAAUGGUGAUCAUGCUGAUGGCAUGAAGAAGGCUGAUGACCACAACCUGGACCUGUUGCCAUUUCGAGUGGUAAACAUAGGCGGCGUGGAGACAACUACCUGGACCACCCACCUCCCUUGCAUUUUUAAUUUUGGUUGUGGUGGUUGCAUCACCGGCACGGUCGCAAAUCAGUAUGUAGUGUGCUUGUGGUGUUGGGUCUGGACUGCAGUGUCCAUCCAGUAGGUUAGGUGCUGUUGCUGCUAGAUCCCAUGAUGCUCACCUAAGUUUUGUGUUAUGUGGAGGCCAACCUUUGUGAUCUUAUUUGUCGACACUUGUGUGAUCGUGUCUUACUUUGUGAUACAGGUCGUAUGAUAUAUAUGUUUUUAUGGAUGAUCUUGUCUUAUUUUC